AUGGAGAAACACAACUGCAAGCUCUGCUUAAAGAGCUUUGCAAAUGGAAGAGCUUUGGGCGGCCAUAUGAGAUCUCACAUGCUCAAUCUUUACGUAACUCCCAAACCACCACUACCCUCCUCACCACCAUCUUCAUCGACGGAGGAAGAUGAGGACGACGGGGAUGACAAUCUUUAUGGGUUGAGGGAGAAUCCUAAGAAGAGUUUGCAGUUAGACGAUCCAGAAUUUGCAUUCCCCGGAGCACUUACAGUUACACUCACCGCCGCCGCCGCAGGCGGUGGCGGUGUAGUUGGUGGUGGUUCAGUGCAGGACAGGGAGAGCGAAACGGAGACUUCAAAAAAAGCCACUGUCCGAAGACGAUCAAAACGGAUUCGGAGACAGGAGACUUCAUGGUUGGGUGAUCAACAGCAUUUUCAUGAACUUACUCGUAACAAAAAUCAGAAUCAAUGGCAAUAUCUGAAGAAAUCAAAGAUCUUUAAACCGUGUCCGAAGACAGCUGAAUCGUCCACCCCGGAGCCGGUAAGUUCAAUCUCCGAUACUUCACCGGAAGAAGAUGUAGCCUACUGUUUAAUGAUGUUAUCAAGAGACAAAUGGUCAGAUGAAGAAGAAGAUCGAGAACAUGAAGAAUCAGACAACGAAUCGGAAUCCGAUAGAGAGAUUAUUAACGUGAAGCGAACUCCGACGAGGACGAAGUACAGAUGCGAGACAUGUAACAAAGUUUUCCGAUCGUAUCAAGCACUUGGUGGGCACAGAGCAAGUCAUAAAAAAAUCAAACAGAGUCAUCAUGACAACAAUCAUCAAACACAAAAUGUCGCCAUGGAAGAUAAAAUCCAUGAAUGCCCUGUGUGUUUCAAAGUGUUUGCUUCCGGCCAAGCUCUCGGCGGUCACAAAAGAUCACAUGUUACAGCUUCAACUGCUUCCAUGGCUGACGCUAAACCAGUUGCAAAACAGAGCAUUAAUCUGAUUGAUCUUAAUCUCCCUACUCCAAUUGAUGAAGAAGAUGAUGAAAUGAGUCAAAUUGAGGUCUCUGUGGUUUCCGAUGGUGAAUUUGUCAUAACCCAUUAA